GAGAGCGCGAGACGUGACGUCACGUCUACUUUUCAAACAAUCUGAAAAUAACCUCGUUAUUUUAAAUUAAAAUUGUAUUUUUUUUUUUACAGCUAAAACUAAUGUGUAUUUUGGCUAAAUAACCAGAACAUACACAAGGACAGGGAAUUCAAUAAGAAACACGAAAAGAAAAGUAAAUUUCAGAGAUUCCGAUUCCAUCGUUGCCAUGGACGCAAGGAACCGCUCUGGCCCCCCCUCCUCCUCCUUCCAGGUGUGCCGCCCCUCCUUGUUCUCACAGCAACCGCCCCGUGUUCUGAUCGUGGACGCGUCACCGCCCUGGUGGUCAGAGACUGGUACUACGCUGUGUGAGGCUUUGGAUAACUUCCUGACUCUGGCCUGUAGUCUGGACGGACCCUGUAGACUGCCCCUGCUUAGCCUUUACGCUCUGAGUAGACAGCAUGAAUGUCUGCUGCCAUUCGUGCAGGUGAGGGGUAACCUGGCCCGACUGCGUUCCUGUGUGGAGGAGCUGAGGUCUAUACCCGGAGAGGGGUGCGUCCGCGCACCCAGAGGGGAACUGCUCAAACAGGCUGUUUUGGACAGCCUGCAGCAGUUUAAACAGUACACGCGACACACUACCACUCCGAACCAGGCCAACAACAAUGGAUCUGUAGAGGUAACCGUGGUGACGAGCCAGCCAGGGUGUGGCGUGGUGAGGCAGUUGGAGGCGGGCUUAAAGGACACUGACUUGGUGUCUCUGCGACGCCUACUAGUGGUCCACGUCAGUACUGCAGGGAGAGGGGAGACUGACUGCUGGGGGCAGGACACACCCUCACCUGAGACUGCAGAGGAGACUGAAGCCAAUCUGAUGUUAGGUACAGAGAUCGACCUGCAGCAUGUAGAGAACAGUGUGAUUGCCAUGGAGAUGGUGUUGAAGGCGUGGCUUCAUGACCAGGGCGGGAAGAAGGAACAACUCCACCUGUUGUUACCACCUGGACUACAGGGAGAGAUUACUACACCUAGUCAUGGACAGAGAGCUAGUCCAGUGUGUGUGAAGUGUGACAUGCAGGAACGUCUCCUAAGCCCCGCCCUCUUACCUCUGACCCCUGACCUUGGGAUCAAGACGGAGAGCACCAAGGACUUCCUGGUGUCAGGCAAGGGCUUGGCCAAUCAGAGCCCUCCGCCUCAGAGACUCAGAGUCAUCAAGACACUGCGUGCAGACGGCGUGUGUGAGAGUGUGUUGUACGGCCUGCCCCUCAUCAUCAGGCCUACCACCUGUUGGCAAAUGGACUGGGAUGAGAUGGAGAGAAACCAUCACCUCUUCCAUGCUCUCUGUCACACACUCCGGGCUCGUGACUGGUUCCUACUGGUGCGUUCAGAGCCUAUUGGUUCCAGUUCUAUUGGUUCUGGUGUGUGUUGCCACUACCUCCUUCAGCCCUCUGCCUCUCUCUCCCUCCUCCUCAAACCUGUGGCAAACAGAGAGAUGCUGCUGCCCUGCCAACUGCCUGUCUCAAAUCAGGACCCCCCACCUGAUGCACUAACCACCAUACAGAGUUGUGUGGGUCAGCUAGAAGAAGAGUCAGCCCUAGAAGCACCUAGAGUCUCAGCACCCUCUUAUCAACCCUCACCACCCUCUCCAUCAGGUGAGGGGGACUGCUGUCAACCCUCAUAUCCAGCACCUCAAGGUACCUACUGUCACCAGGUGACUGCUGUCACCAUACAGGGACUUGCCCACCACCCCAUAUCCAUACAGGUGACUGCUGUCACCCCUCACCAUACAGUUCUUACUGUCACCACCCUCAUAUCCAUACAGGUGACUGCUGUCACCACCCUCAUAUCCAUACAGGUGACUGCUGUCACCACCCUCACAUCCAUACAGGUGACUGCUGUCAGCACCCUCAUAUCCAUACAGGGGACUGCUGGCACCAUCAUAUCCAUACAGGUGACUGCUGUCACUGUCACCACCCUCAUAUCCAUACAGGUGACUGCUGUCACUCAUAUCCAUACAGUCACCACCCUCAUAUCCAUACAGGGACUGCUGUCACCCCUCAUAUCCAUACAGGUACCCUCAUAUCCUCCAUACAGGGGACUGCUGCUGUCACCUGCUGUCACCCCCUACAAUGCUGGCACAACAGGUUGA